ACAGCGGAUCCCAUGGACACAGCGGAUCACCGAUCAAUGAAAAGAGCCGAAGAUGUCAGCUCAGUCAUGUGAUAAGCUGUGUCCAAUCACAGCUGAUCGCAUGGCACUGAUGAUCAGUGUGCCCUGAUGAUCAGUGUAGCCCCAGCAGUGACACCUGUCAGUGUCCAUCAAUGCCAGCUGUCAGUGCUCAUCAAUAACACCUGCCAGUGCCCAUCAGUGUCACAUCAAUGCCACUUAUCAGUGCCUACCAGUGCACAUCAAUGCCACAUAUCAGUGCCCAUCUGAGCUGUCUUUCAGUGUCACCUAUCAGUGCCAGUCAGUGUCACCUAUCAAUGCCAGUCAGUGCCACCUAUCAGUGCUAGUCAGUGCUG